UCGGAAAUGGCUUCAUUGAGAAGCCCGUCUUCUCCGACCGACGGUUAUAAAAGGUUCAGUGAUGAUUUUGCAAACACCAGCGUCAACAAUUACGGCUCCAACGUCACAAAUAAUCGGACCGGAACAGAUGGAACUGGAGAUGGCACCCUGGACAUGGGCAGUCGGUCCUCCCUCCACACCGGCUUGCAGAUGUCGGAGGACGAGCAUUGGGAGAUGAAUUAUCACGAAGCAGCCAUUUACUUAGAGGAAGGCUUAAAUAAUGAAAAGUUCGACUCACACCCGUCUAGUCCAGAAGAGUUACCAGCCUACCUUCGAGUACACAACCCCUGGUAUCAUGGACUUGAUUUAUUGGCGUCGCUGGUUCUUAUUCUUCUGGCGUUUACUGAGGAUCCAGCGGUACCGACAUUUGAGCUUCCAGUGUGGGCACAUGGUACAAUAGAGUUAUUAGCGUUGACUGUGAUCGGUGUAGAGCUACACUUAAAAUUAAAGUGGAUAGGAUGGGGGACGAUAUUUAAGCACAAAAGGACGAUGCUGAAGGGUAUAACACUGCUAAUAAUGGUCUUAGAAGCAGUCGUGGUUCUUUGCAGACAAUCGUCACACUUUCGAGUCACAAGAGCUCUCCGCCCCAUUUUUCUAGUUGACACACGGCACUGUGGGGGAGUGAGGCGGUUUAUACGGCAGAUUCUUCAGUCUUUACCCCCCAUUAUUGAUAUGUUAGGUCUUUUGAUGUUUUUCGUGGCAACGUACUCGCUUCUAGGUUACUACCUGUUCUCUGAACACAUCGACAACGGACAUUUCCAAACGAUUAGCGAUUCUUUUGUCAGCAUGUUCGUUCUACUUACGACAGCUAAUUUCCCCGAUGUAAUGAUGCCGUCGUACGCCAAGUCGAAGUGGUACGCCGUGUUCUUCAUUCUGUACAUAAUUACCGUUCUUUAUGUUCUCAUGAAUUUGAUGCUGGCGGUUGUGUACGAGACAUUCACGCGAAUUGAGCGUGAGAAGUGCCGAGCGCUGUUACUGCACCGACGUGGCGCCGCGCGGCGAGCUUUCCGCCUGCUAGUGUCGCGCCGCGCGCCGGGCUCCGUGCGGCUGCGGCACUUCGCCGGCCUGCUGCGACACUACGCGCCGCACUACAGCGGGCUGGACGUGUACCUGAUGUUCAAGCAGCUGAGCCGCUCGGGCUCGGGCGGGCUGUCCCGCGCAGAGUUCGCGAACGUGUACGAUGUGUUCGCGCUGCGCUGGGCGCCGCAGACGGCGCGCGCGCCGUGGUACGCGGCGGGGCCCCUGGAGCCCCUGGGCCGCGCCGCUGCUUCCGCUGUGCGUUGGCCCUACUUCGAGCACGUUGUGUACGCUAUAAUCAUCGGCAAUGGUGUAGCGAUGAUCCUCCGUGUCUUUGAAGCAGCCGGCGAUCUGCAGGACAGCGCUAGGUUCCUUUGCGCCUCGUGGGAUACUUGGCUGUUUCUUAUAUUAUUCCUGCUAGAAGCUGCAUUGCGUAUCAUGGCGUCCGGACUAUCGGUGUAUCUGGAAAGUGGUUGGAAUGUUUUCGACUUGAGCGUGACGCUGUUGGCGUUGUUGGGCGCAGUAAUGCUUACCAUUGCGCCCAAACUCUUCAUCGUGGUCAUGUUCAGGCCGCUCAGACUGAUGCGGCUGUAUAAGUUGAAGAAGCGCUAUCGGGACGUGUUCGGCACACUGGUGUUGCUGUCCCCGCUGAUGUCGUCUGCGGGCUGCGUUAUGCUUGUCAUGUACUACUUCUUUGCCAUUGUUGGCAUGGAACUCUUUGCCGGCUACGACCUGAAGAACUGCUGCGUAAACACAACAGUUGAAGACUUCUACAAGUAUUCGGAGAACAGUUCCACGCCUCUCGGCUACUACUACCUGAACAACUUCGAGAACAUCCUCACGAGCGGCGUCUCGCUGUUCGAGCUGACCGUCGUCAACAACUGGUUCAUUCUCAUGAACGCGUACGCGACUGUUGCGGGACAGUUCAGCAGGAUAUACUUUAUGGUGUUCUACCUGUUCACGAUGGUGGUGCUGACCAUUGUCGUAGCGAGUGUUCUGGAGGCCUUCCGCUUUCGGAUACAGUACAAGCGGAGCACAAGCAAGAGAGAUGAGGAGAAACUGCUGCACGAAGAGGUCCACACCAGCUGGGAGGAGGCCCAGCGGCUGGGGGCCAGCGGGGACCUCGCUGAGGAGUUACGCGCUCAUUUAACACCCGGGAUGCAAGUGACCUUCAUAGGAACGAGGCCUCGUACAAAAGAAGUCUUACAGAGGAGGAUGUACCAGUCAGACAUACAGAAGUGGCUGGCCGAGGAGGAUGAUAGCGAAGACGCUCCCCCCUCAACUACGGUGACAUCGAGCGAGGACCCGCUGUCACCACCCCUCAUCCAGCAACCUGACUCCGAGAACAACCACCAGAUAAGAACCGGCUACCAGUUGUAGAACUUAAUACUCCGCGUCCUCAACGACCGGCUUUUGUU